CGGUAGUAGGCGGCGCGAGCAGAGCACCAUGUUGCUUUUCCGAUUUUCUAACAGAUAGAAGCAUUCUCCAUCUAUCGUCAGCGGGUUCCGAUUACGAAGUUCUUACCGUGCGCGGCGGUCUUGGUUGUUGAGGUAGGGGCGAGACGGAGGUCGGCGUGCUCGGUUUGGAGGCUCUCUUGGUUUGGGUGCCUGUAGCUCGCAGCUUUUGCACGCGUCCAUCGGUAAGGGUCUUUCCCUUAUUCCACAGGCAGGCGGCCAUUUAUGGCCUCGAUUACGAUCUUUGAUGGUCCUGAUUCCGCAGCCCCGGACGGUUGCGGCGUGUGUAGGCCGGAGUGAAUGAGCGUCUCAGCAACGGCGUGGCUACCAGGGGAGCGUCGUCGUCAACCUGCGAGUAUCGUCGCUGAUUGCUUGUGGCGGGUAGUUGGCUUGGGAAGUCGAUUGGCGGGAUUAAUUUCCUGAAUAAUUUCAGGCAGCUCUCGUGCGUGACGGGGCAAGAGCAGGAGCGAACUUGCUGCUGCCGCUUUCCCGCUUUGUGUCGCUGGUAUUCUCUUGCGAUUCUGAGGUUCAUACGUAGUGACGUCCAUCACAUUUACACGCACGCAUAUAUAUCGUCAAACAGAGCUGCCCGGCAAAUAGACACACGCAUAAACGAGGGACCGAGCGAGCGAGCGAGCGAGCGAGCGAGAGAGAGAGAGAGAGAGGAAACGUAAUUGCGAAAGGGACGUCCUCUGCCGUCGCCGCCACGGUCAGUUCUUAUCGCUUGGUUGCCCCUGCUGCUGCUCUUUGGCAACCAGCGAGCACCUGGAAAAAUGUACGCUGCAAAUGUCGUCUUGCAGCAGCAGGCCGCCCAAUAUCAGGAAGGGCUCCAGCUCCAGCAGCAGCUUCAGCAGCAGCUGCAACAGCAGCAGCAGCAACAGCAAUCCUUGCAGACGCAACCGGCGAUCCAGACGCAACAGUCGAUGAUCCAGCAGGCGGCAAUGUUGCAACAGCCGAUUUAUCAUCCAGGGCUGUUGUCCGCUAUGUCUCAGCAACAGUUGGAGCCCAUUCCGAGUGGGAACUUGCCUCCAGGGUUUGAUGCGAGCACGUGCAGAAGCGUGUACGUUGGGAACGUUCACAACAAAGUGACAGAGACCCUUCUGGCGGAGCUCUUCGCAACGACAGGACCACUCGAAGGCUGCAAGCUCAUUCGGAAAGAGAAGUCAUCCUAUGGAUUUGUGGACUAUUUUGAUCAUCGGUCUGCGGCAGCUGCGCUCGUUGCGCUGAACGGGAGAAACCUGUUUGGCCAGCCGAUUAAAGUGAACUGGGCGUAUGCAAGCGGUCAGCGGGAGGAUACGUCAGGGCAUUACAACAUAUUCGUGGGGGAUUUGAGCCCCGAAGUCACGGAUAGCACCCUCUAUGCAGCGUUCUGCGUGUAUGGAAGCUGCUCAGAUGCUCGGGUCAUGUGGGACCAGAGGUCUGGGCGAUCGAGGGGCUUUGGCUUUGUUUCCUUUAGGUUGCAGUCGGAUGCGGAAAGCGCCAUUCAGGAAAUGAACGGCAAAUGGCUUGGUAGCCGCCCAAUUCGUUGCAACUGGGCUACAAAGUCAAAUACGGGGCAGCCUGAAGAGCAGAAAGUCAACAACCAAGGGAACAGCAAUGGCAAUGAGCAAGUCCAAGCUGAUCAGCAGGUGGCAGAACAGCAAAUAAGAGAAAAUCCGGAAGAUAGACCCGAGUCGAAUGCUCAGUAUACAACUGUUUAUGUGGGAAACCUUGCACAUGAGGUCACACAGCACGAAUUACACCGGCAGUUCUUGGCACUCGGUGUUGGAGUUAUCGAAGAUGUUCGUGUCCAAAGGGACAAAGGAUUUGGAUUUGUCAGAUACAGGGCACAUGAUGAGGCUGCUCUCGCAAUCCAAGCUGCAAACGGGCGAGUCAUCUGUGGCAAAUCUGUCAAGUGCUCAUGGGGCAGCAAGCCCACCCCAUUCGGAGCAUCGUCAGCCCCACUGCCCCCUCCACCUCCGGCUACGCACGCGUAUCAGGGACUUGUUGGUGCCUUUAACUGGGGUGGGCUUGUUGCCCCAUGAGCGUGCACAGCUCGUCAUUCAAAAGGCACUCGGAGCCUACAAAGGGGGGAAAGAAAAUUACGGAAAGUGCCGAGUCUGUUAUCGUGUGAGGAGUCUAACGUGCAGGUUGUGAUUGCUGGCUUGUUUGUUGGUGCAGUGCUCAUGGGGCAGCAAGCCCACCCCAGUCGGAGCAUCAUCAGCCCCUUUGCCCCCGCCCCCUCCUGCGACGCCCACGUAUCAGGGUCUUGUUGGUGCGUUGAAUCAGGGGUAUAGUGCUGCGAAUUUUGUGACCUAUGGAAGACAACAAGCUGCUGCGUUUCAGGCUGCAGAGGCUACGGCUAGGGCAGCUCUUUUGCCACUGCCCCAACAGCAGGCAGGCCUUGGAGUCGGUGUAGGGCUAGGUCAGGCUGGCAUCACUGCUGCUAGUGCCACAGGUGCCAUCGCUGGUCGCAUCGGGUAUGACGGAACGUACCCACAGCAGUUGAACCGGGCCACGAUAGAUGCACAGCAACGCAUUUAUUACGGUUAGACCGCCACAGCGUAGUGCCUUUUUUUUGUGAGGAGGCAUUUUUGAAACUGCUAUUCAUAGGUAUAGCUUUCUUGGCCGGCUUCCGGCCUUCCUCCCGUCUUUGUUGUGCCUUUGUCAGAUUUGUCACACUCCCACUUUCUCUCGAGAGAGAUCGCAAGUGCCAUCACACUUGCCGCAUAAACUGUAGCUGUACUGAUGGUUAUGGUGUAAUGGCCACAGUUCUGCAGUGCUUCUGCUUGUACAAUGCGGGCAGUUGUUUCGGCAUCCUGCUUUUCAUCCAUUGGCUACUGAAUCGGGCGUUCGUCUGCCCGCCAGAGGUCCUCAGCUCUCUCUUCUUUUUUCUUUGUUUCCUUCGUUUCCCGUUUUCCUGUAUCGAUUCGAUUGUAGCCAUGUUCUUGGAUGAAGCAGGGGGUAGCUCAUCCCUAGUGAAAAUUCUUUCCGCUCAACUGUGUAGAACCGGUGGUUGGGUUUUUAACUAACUGGGAGUGAUUUGCCAUUGUUCUUGUAUCAAUUGUCUGGAUUAGUCAAAGUUCGGCAACUGCAGCAGAGCUCUGCUUUCUUUCAGACCAUUUUUUUUCACUUCUUUCUUUUUUUUUUUUUUUUUUUUUUUUUUUUUUUUUUUUUUUUUUUUUUUUUUUUUUUUUAAGUUUUCUGGUGGGCGGAGGAGAACAUCAUUGAGCUGACAGAGAGCAACAGCAUUCUCAUUGUGAGGACUUUUCUUCUCUUUUUUGUUGUGACCAGUUUUCGCUUCUCCUUCGUGGUGGGUACUAUCUCUUCAAGAGUCUCGUGUACGAGAAUCUCGUCCUUUCCUGAGCCCGGUCACGGCCAGUCGGUCAUGAUUUGUGUUCUGUCAAACAAUGUCAUUCCAUCGUGAUGGUUAAUGCUGGCAGGCAUUGCCCUCUAUUAAUGUAUAUGACGAAGUUGACGUGGGCCUGGAAUGGGCCGUCUCUGUAUUUGUGCACGCUUGGUGUUGGAUUGUUGUUAUGAAAUGGCGUGUGAUGUGCAAGGCUUUCUUUUCGGGAUCGAGUAUAGGAAGUGAGUCUAGUCAGAAAGUGCUCUUCUGGGGAGUGGGUGCAUCGGACUUCUAGAAAGUGCAGCGAGUAAUCGAUUCGCUAUGGAAUAGCGAAUGAGAGGUAUAGGAGAUUGCUUUGAACGUGUCUCUUGAUGCUUCUUUGUUGGCUUGACAGCUGAUGAAUCUAAAACAGGAAUCUAAAACAGGGAAUGAGAAGUAUAGGAGAUUGCUCCGAACUAUACAUGCGGUGCAUCACUUGCACGGGAGUUGGGCACGUCGGUGCAUAGAGCGCAUGCAUGCGCGCGCACGUCAUUGUAAGUACGGAAAUUAGGGUCUAUUUAAUUAACAAAUUCAAAAAGGGCAG